AUGUCUGGCAGAGGAAAAGGUGGCAAGGGUCUCGGCAAGGGUGGUGCUAAGCGUCACCGCAAGAUCUUGCGAGACAACAUCCAGGGUAUCACCAAGCCUGCAAUCCGCCGUCUCGCCCGUCGUGGUGGUGUCAAGCGUAUCUCUGGCCUGAUCUAUGAGGAGACCCGUGGUGUCCUCAAGAUCUUCCUCGAGUCUGUCGUCAGAGAUUCCGUUACAUUCUGCGAACACAGCAAGCGCAAAACCGUCACAUCGCUCGAUGUCGUCUACGCACUCAAGCGACAAGGCCGAACUCUCUACGGCUUCGGUGUUUAA